GUCAUUUGAAACACUGUCCCUGUUAGUUUUCUAAGUUUACUGCAAUCUCUGCACAGGGGGAGAGAGAGAGAGAGAGAGAGAGAGAUUACCAACAUGAGAGCAGGUAGAGGGUUUAGGGCAAGAUUCCUUCCAGCUGCAACAAUUGGCUCAGUCCUACGAUGUGUGUAGCUGAAGACAGUGGGAUAAAAACAAAUGCUCGGUGAAAGCAACCAAAGGAACUUCAGCAACACAGAAGAAAUUAAAUAUGAUGAAGAACGAAGAAGCAAGUUUUAAUGUGGACAGUACACAAGCAUCUCCCUUUUCCCGCUGCCUGCCGCCACUAAGCCCUGUUACAAAGCCCCACAGAACAGCUCCAUUUAGUGAGGAAUUCAGACCGCACCUCUCACAUUUCCGCUAUGGUCCUCCUCCCCUUGGAGACAUGGAGACUUUCCAGGGGUCCUUGGAAGGAGGGUCUCGGAAACGCAAGAGCAUGCCAACAAAAAUGCCUCCUUCUAUCGCUCUUGAAGGUUCCUCAUCACCACCCCGCAGACCUGAAGAUAUAGGCUCUUCCAGUCUCCCUUUGAUGUUUCAACAGCCAGCACAGCCCAAGUACAGUUCCCAGAUGAUUGACCUCUGCAACUUUGGUUUUCAGUUCUACAGAACGCUGGAGCACUUUGGAGCCAAGCCCAUCAAGCAAGAACCUGUAAAGCCUAACAUGGCAUGGCCCAGUAGCCCAGCAUUCAUGCAGGCUCCUUACUCUUAUUAUCCUAAAGUCCAUCCUGGCUUAAUGUUUCCUUUCAUUGUGCCCCCAAACUUUAAUUUCAGAAACGCCUUUCAAAUGAAAAGGCCUCCAGAGCCACCCUUCAAGAGGGCUGAAGCAAGAGAAAGUGGUGAAAAUAAACAGAAAGUGGAAAGAGUAGAUGUCAACCUUCAGAUAGAUGAUAGCUAUUAUGUUGACGUGGGGGGUGAACAGAAACGCUGGCAGUGUCCAAUGUGUGAGAAGUCCUACACAUCCAAGUACAACCUGGUCACCCACAUCCUGGGGCACAGCGGCAUUAAGCCACAUGCUUGCACCCGUUGCGGCAAGCUUUUCAAGCAGCUGAGCCACUUGCACACACAUAUGCUGACACACCAGGGCACUAGGCCACACAAGUGCCAGGUGUGCCAUAAGGCUUUCACUCAAACCAGUCACCUUAAGAGACACAUGAUGCAACACAGUGACAUAAAGCCUUACAACUGCAGGAUCUGUGGCAGAGGUUUUGCCUAUCCCAGCGAGUUGAAGGCACACGAGUCUAAGCACGAGAGUGGCCGAGAGAACAUCUGUGUGGAGUGUGGGCUGGACUUCCCAACCUUGGCCCAGCUGAAGAGACAUUUAACAACCCACCGUGGCCCUAUACAGUACAAUUGCACUGAGUGCGAUAAGACCUUCCAGUACCCCAGCCAGCUGCAGAACCACAUGAUGAAGCACAAAGACAUUCGUCCCUACAUCUGCACUGAAUGCGGCAUGGAGUUUGUGCAGCCCCACCAUCUCAAACAACACUCCCUGACACACAAGGGUGUGAAAGAGCACAAAUGCGGAAUUUGUGGCCGGGAAUUUACUCUGCUGGCCAACAUGAAGCGACACGUCCUGAUCCACACCAAUAUCAGAGCCUAUCAAUGUCAUUUGUGCUUCAAGAGCUUUGUGCAAAAGCAGACUCUCAAGGCCCACAUGAUUGUUCACUCUGAUGUCAAACCCUUUAAAUGCAAGCUGUGUGGAAAGGAAUUUAACAGAAUGCACAAUUUAAUGGGACACAUGCACUUGCACUCAGACAGUAAGCCUUUCAAGUGCCUCUACUGUCCCAGCAAAUUCACCCUGAAGGGGAACCUAACCAGGCACAUGAAAGUCAAACACGGAGUCAUGGAAAGAGGAUUUCAUUCUCAAGGUUUUGGAAGAGGAAGAAUUGCUCUGUCCCAGACAAAUGUCUUAAGAAGCUUGGAACAGGAAGAGCCCUUUGAUCUUUCCCAGAAAAGCCAAGGGAAGGGAAUCUCAUUUCAUUCGGACGGCGAGAGUGCCAAGGGAAGUUCGUGCCAGGAAGAAGAGGAAGACAACUGCUAUGAGGCAGAGCGGUAUAGCCCUGGCAUGUACCAUCAUGACGACAGCAAGCUGUAUGUGCCUCAAGAUCUGUCUGGCAAACCAGAGUGUGUGAUGAAGGACUUCAGAGAGGCCUACUGCAGUGAGAAGGAGGAAAUGCUAAGUGAAGGCGGACUGGAGAAGAGCAUUGGAAAUUCAGACAAGCAGGAGAGCCUGGGAGAGAGAGACCUUGCUAACAACAAAGAACACCUCAGCUUUAGGUCCUUUGAAAAGGGCAGACUUGGCCGUUCUCUCUCUGAUUACUUGUAUUUCAAACACAGGAACAAGAGUUUGAAAGAAUUACUGGAAAGAAAAAUGGAAAAACAAACAAUGCUUAUAGGCGUUUAAAUGGACAACAUUUUAAAAUAGCUGGAAAAUGGGAACCAGACAGCUUUUAGCAUAAAUUGUAAUUUACCAGAGACUGGAAGUUGGUAGCAGUCUUUAGAGGUGAGCAAGCCAAAUCAAUAAAGAUAAUUUAAGGUAAAACAUGUAUAUUCAAAGACUAAAGCAGUCCAAGGGCACCAAGAAAUGCAAUAGGUAUGGAACAAUAACAUUUUUAUACUUAUUCAUUUGAUGUAUAAGCAGACAAUGGGGUGGGUACAGAAGUUUAUUUUCCUUUAUCUGGGGUGGCAAAGACUUGUAUGCAGUUUUCUAGUUAUCAAAAAAGCAACAUACUUUAGCAUUUGAUUUAUUAUCUGAGUAAAUAUAUAAGAACACUUCUAACCAUAGGUCUCAGAAAAAUUUGAAAAUACUAAGCAUUUCACAAUAUAAGCAAGAGUACUGUUAAAUAUGGCAUGCCUGAAAGUGCUCUCAGUCUCAGAACUAACACAAUCCAAAUAUUUUGUUUACUGAAAUGACUGUGUUAGUUCAACCACUUACAAUGAGAAACAGGAAAAAAAUUAAGAGGAAACGCUAAUGUCUUGUGAGAUAGCAAAGUGCAACUUUGUAAGGCUUUGAAAGGACUGGAAUUGGUUACGGCCACAGAAGCUUUUCCUCUGGCACAAGGGAUGCUCAUGUUUUGCUACAUUUCUAUCAGCAUGAGAGCAUUUAACAAUUCUUCAAGUGAAAUAUAAUAGACUGUGCUGACAUUUUGUUCUACUGUCUGUUCAGACCAAUACAUUUAAUGAGCAGCAGCAGCACAUAGCAUUUGCAAGUCUUCCUGUAAUUGCACGUAAAGCAAUGAGAGUCAUUUCAUUGAGAAAAUGAUAUAAUUUUGCCAUUUAUCUCUUCAGUUAAUCUUGGCUAGCAAGAAUGAUUUUGAAAUUCCAAAGUCUGAUCAGAUUUUGUCUUAGAAGCAACACCAAAAAAGAGCCCUUACGAGGCAAACAGUACCUCACAGAGAAAACAAGCCUUUAGAUUUCCUCUUAUCGGAGUCACAGAUUUUCCCUUAUUAACACAGCUUGACUAGUAAGGUCUGGGCCUUUCAGAAAAAUAAUUAAAAAAGAGUUCUACUGAUGCUAUUUUCCCAGCUGCUCAUCCUCUGGUUCCCAUACAAGCAUAUGUGACAUUAGUUGCUAAAAGCACACUUCAUUAAGCACAUUCCAUUAAUUGCAUGAAUUAUUUGACCAGUGCCUUGGUUCCUGCAUCUUCAGGAUAUAUGACAAACAGCCUCAAGCCAUUCUGCUGCCUCAGAAGGAAAUAAAGAUUUAAAAGGUCUUUUAAAUAUUCCUAUGUCUUUUUGGUAUCCCAGCUCAAUAGGUUAAACUCCUUGCAUAUGGUACAUCAUUUCCAAAUAUUACUACCUUCUUUAUUUACCUGCCAAGAUCUUGAUUUAAAAUACCUUUUUAUCAUGUUCAACAUAUAAUAAGUUCUUACCAAAUACGUUAUGGCUUGCUAAGGCUAAAGGCCUGUAGCUGUCUGCUAUUAUAAGAAACCUCUCACCUUACAGUAGUAAUAAUUCCUACACCUACUGGUGAGUCAGCAUCCGCAGGACAACAUUACUUACUCAUCACACAAAAAAGCGUUUGUGCAGUCUGAGAUUGCAGAAGGUGUUUCACUUUCCAGGGCUCAAACAUAAUAGGUAAGAAAGAUUCUGAAUGAAGGGCAGAAAAAAAUGUUGAUAUAAGAAGCUUAAACAUAUGGGUCAUUCUUCUAAAUGUAAUUUACUCCACAGCUGAUGUAGGUACUUUUUUACAAUAAAGAGGGUAUACCAAGUUGAAGUGGAGUGUAGGUCACUGGGACUAAAAUGAAUGAUGUCCCUCAACAUGAGGUAUAUUUCAGAGGUUCAUAGAACAUGUGUUUUCAGUGAUGGACUAUUUUAUCAUGUACAUAUAACUUGUCCCUUGCUUCCACUGCAAGGUAUCUCCCUUUGGAAAAGGAGCCAUCUUUCAAGGAAGACAGUGUGGUCAAGUAGAAGAAUCAGGAAACUUUCAAGAGUAAUGUGUACAACUGUAUUCUUUCUCAGAUUAAAGGAGAAAAGAUCUGGUAGAAAUUGAGCAUGAGCUAGGAGAUUAUCUCUUAGAAAUCAGAACAAGCCCUUCAGUUACUUUCUUGGCAAUAUCUUGCCUCUCUGCAAGAUGAAAGCUCCCAUUCUUAAACUUACAUAGCCAAGAGCUGGGAGCCACUGACUUACAGAAAUGUGUCUCAGGAUGGUGUAGUUCCCAUUCAAGAUCUGUCCAUGCCAUUUUUGCACCCACAUUAGUUCUUAUGAUAAAGGAAUAAACAAAGAAUCAGAAAUCUAGCUGCAAUUUCUAGCUCGUCGAUCAUACAGAUGAACUGCAUUCAGCAAGUCACUUCACUUCAGCAAUGCGUAGAACCCACGCAUUGCAAAGGCUUGUUGUCUGUAAAUUUGAGAGCAUUAUGGGAGAGAUAGACAGUUUUUAUCAAGACAGAGACAAAUGUUUACAUAUCAAAAGCAUUCCAGACAAAAAGACAGAGCAGUCCUCUGCAACAGAGGAGAGAUUUUCAGCAGAGCUCAGCUCCUGUUUGGUAUUCAAACUACUGAGCAGAGCUUUCAGAAAUGCUCGGUGUUGGAUAGUCUGCUUCCAGUUGAGAGUACUAUACAUCUGAGGUCCUGGUCCUGAGUUCUGUGGAAAAUCUAUCUGCAGCAGAUAACAUCACAACCACUAAGAAAAUGUCUACCAAAGGUAUGCAGGGGAAUUACUGGCUCCCCAGAAUUCCCUUACAGACCAUGUAAGGGCAAAUGCCAGAGGUGUCAUCAGGAAAGGAAAUCACUGCAAACGAAUCUGGUUGUUUGAAUGGUUAACCGAGACACUUUCAGCCACACCCUUACUGCAGCUGAGUUAUCCACUUGCACAGUCCCACUUCUAAUUGCAGCAAAAGCAAUAGCCAGCCACAUGCAGCCAUGUAGGAAGGAGUAGAUGUCCCCAGAAUGGCAAUGCUAGUUGGGAAUAAUUCCUAAUGUAACUCCCUUUUCUUGAAUCGUUCCUAGAAAGCAGAGAAUAUUCCAUUACAAUGAGGCUUUGAGACUGUACUAGUCACAUAGUCUCACUAAGCUAAUUUAUACAUAACCAAGGUAAUUGAUCUUAGAGCAGUCAAGAACGCAUCUAAAAACCACCAUAAGUCACCAGUCAGAAGAACUGCAAACAAAACUAUUACUGAGGAAAGGAGCGAGUACCAAGCAAAGGGACUAGGAGAAUGAUAGUCUCCCUACUGCAGAACAUAGUAUACCUGGGUCCAAGAGACGUGUUAUAUAGAGGCCCCAAGGGACAAACUAAAUGUGAAAUAACAGUCUUCAUUGUGAAGCACCUUGCUUUUCAAACACAAGCCAUUUUCACACUAUUUACAUUGGCACUGUUUUGGGAACAGACAGUAACAGCCUUUGCUUUUUAAUAGCUUUGAAAAUGCUUUAUAGAAAUUUGAUCUCUUAACUAAGUUAUUUCCCAUUUCUAAUUUUCAAGGGAUCGGCUUCCUUAUUUUGCUUUGAGCAGAGGCCCACAAGUCCUAUAGAGAUAUUGCCUGUGUCCUAUGUUGUUGGUAACCCUGGAACAAGGUAUGGUUUGGAUUUGACCACCAGGACUCAGCCAUCUCCUUGUAAACCUGAGUUCUCCUGCCUGCGAGGCAGCUUCCAGUCUGUGACGGCAAAGAUAGGUGCUAUGUGCUCAGCAACUCAAAGGAUAAAAUGUUUUAUGAUAAUAUUGUAACAGAGGUUCAUUCUGUGCUGUGUUCUAUUUGCUAUGCUCUUAGAAGGUUAUUUAUCAGAAAGAUGAAGUAGUGUUGCCGUACUCCUCUGCUUAUAACUCCCUGUUGAUCUAGAGGCUAUUCUCUGAUUUUUCUCUUUAUAAGGUGCUGCUGGACUCUGCUGUUAUGUGUGUACAGUUAAGAAGUAAUAUAAGUACUAUAUUUAUUAUUCCAAGAAGUAUUUAAUAAUUAUUAACAGUUUGAAAAUAAGUCAUGUCUGCUUAGCUGAACAAGAUGUAACAGAGCUAACAUUUUGUACUCCUAACAGAUUUUGCCAAUGAUGUUGUAUAUAUUUAUUUCACACAGAACACUGGGUUCCUAUUUAAAACCCCAACUCAAAGACUGGACCAACCUAUUUGUGAAUAUUUAGUUUCUGGCUUUCUGUCUCAGUAGUAAAAGCAGUUCUCCUGAAACUAGCAUAUAUGAUGUAUCGCAUUAAUUUAAACAAAUAAACAUAUAUUAGAGAUGUUC